ACCACUAUUAAUUAUUGCUGAAGACAUUGAUGGUGAGGCAUUGGCUGCAUGUAUAUUGAACAGACUUCGUGGUAAUCUUCAAGUUGCAGCAGUUAAAGCACCUGGGUUUGGAGAUAAUAGAAAAUCUAUUUUAGGAGAUUUGGCUAUUUUGACUGGUGGCACAGUUUUCUCUGAUGAAUUAGAUAUUAAACUUGAACGAGCAACACCUGAUUUAUUUGGAUCAACUGGGUCAGCCACAAUUACCAAAGAAGAUACAAUUUUUCUUAAUGGAGAUGGAACAAAAGAAAAUAUUCAUCAACGUUGUGAACAAAUACGUGCAGCUAUAAAUGAUCCUACUGUGUCUGAAUAUGAAAAAGAAAAAUUACAAGAACGUUUAGCAAAAUUAUCUGGUGGUGUAGCAGUGAUCAAAGUGGGUGGUUCAUCAGAACUUGAAGUUGGAGAGAAAAAGGAUAGAUUUGUUGAUGCAUUGAAUGCAACAAGAGCUGCAGUUGAAGAAGGAAUUGUACCUGGUGGUG